UGUUCAUCUAAGAUUAUGCCGAUUAACGUAUUUUUUAUAAUUUUUUUUUAUUUCAAAUCCGUGUCACUGACGUCAUCGUAUGCGACCAUUACAAGAGCGCUCGGUACCUCAGACACUAGUUUAAUAUCCUUUCCUACUUCCUGUUUGUGAAAAACACCCAAAGGCACUUUUAAGAGCCACGGCUGUCUCGUUUCUCUGUCCUCACUGCUGUCGCUGCUCUUAUUUGUCAGUCCUUCUGUUGUCCCUGUCCCUGUCUCUGUCUUUGUUUACCUCUUCAUCUUUUUUCAUCUGUUUUACUUGUUUGUCAGUGGGCUGUUUAAGUCUUAAGUUGCCUAUUUUUGUGUGCAUUACUCUUUGUCUCAACAUGACCCCCCAAAUUCAGGCCCUGUGCAUCUUGCCAGGCUCCCAAUCAGGCAAGCAGAAAAACCUGCUCUGUCUGCUAUGGAAGUCUGUCCACCAAACAAAGACUAAAAGAAAAGGUGGAGUCACUGGAUGGUCAGUGGGGGAAAGCUGUCCUGAAAAACCGAAAUGUUGGCCGGAUAAUUGAUUGCGCCCGUAUUGCAGUGCGGAAACUUGAGGCUAUCGGCUACAAGCCCAUUUUAUUUAUUGGCAAAAAAGAUAAGGUCUCAAAUAAGUGGGUAGCAGAUGUUAUUACCCAUCUGGGCCCCAGUUCUACUACCAGAAAUUUCCUGGAGAAGAUGCAGAGGGCUUAUGAAUUUAUCUUGACUAAGGGAUCCUCCACACCAGUGCAACCUGACAUCCCCACAGAACAGCAGUGUGUGGAGCCCAGGAAUGCUGCUGAAGAGCAGCCUGAGAUGACCACCAAGGAGCAUUGUGCCAAUGAGCAUCCAGAGACCCUCACUGACAAGCAGGCAGAGACCAUCACUGAGGAGGAUCCAACGAUGCUGUCAGACGAGCUGGCAGAGAGUAUUUUUGUACUUAAUCUUGUUCCGGUCUCUCCUUCUAGUCCAUGCUCCCAGUCUUUCCAAAAAAAGAAGAGAGAGAGAAGCACUUCUCCAACAAUCUCCACCACCUCUCCACAACAUGUUACAGCCACAGAUCGACCAUCUCUGCAGUCUUUUCAUCCACCUGCUUGCCGUGACAUCUCCCAGUCUUUAAGUCAGGGUGGCCCAAGUGCAAAAAAGGGGAGAAAGGGUUGUCGAAAAUGUAGCAGGCAGAAGAUCUUCAAGUUUGAAGCGAUCACUGGGAACAGAAUAAAUGAGGGGAAAGCAGAAUUGAAAGUGCCUUGGGUCCCCUGCUCUUUUUGUGGCAAAAUCUGGGAUGACACGUGGGAGCCUGCCAGUCAGUUUCACCAUCACUUUGCCGUGUUCGAAGUGCCGCCUCCUUCAGCCAGCGAACAGCUCUCUGGAUGAUAUUUUGCUGGUAGUUUUUUCUUUUUUUCUUUUUUCAUGUUACAUUUAAGUUUGGAUAUCCAUAUCUGCAAACUGUAUUUGUGUACUCUUUCCUGGGAACAUUGUCAAAAAUCUGUGGAACCAAAGAUCCACACGUGUAGAUACCACAUUGGUUUAUGCUGUUCAUUGAAAAGAUGCGUUCUUUUUAAGUGGUUUGAUUGUUACAAAUGUCUGACAUGUAUUUAUACUUGUUUAAAUGCUUUUUGUUUUAUGAAAAAUUCAUUGUCCUCUGUGUUGGUACUGACAGUAAUUUUUCUGGAAUCUGAUGUUAAAUGCUUUAAUUGUACAGCACCUUUUUUUGUUGUGUAGCCAGGUCUUUGCAACAAUAAUAGGGGGGUAUAAUUCACAAAAUGAAUAUCCUGUUGUGUUCAGUAUGACAUCAAACUAGCAACAAAGCCCAUAAACUCAUCACUCUGUUUCCUUUAUUUCUCAAAGGAAGGUGGUAUUGUAACCUUGUUUUGUUUGUUUGUAGUUGCAUGAAGUCUGAUGUGAAUUGUAUAUUAA